GUCUGCGUACAUCGGAACGUGAAAACAGUACUGGUAUUCGCAGCUUCUGUCAAAAACGCGAUUGAUAGACCACCAGCUGAUGCUGCUGACAAAAUCGGCCGGUGAUAUAUUCCUCAAUAGUUUAUAGUUGAUUGAGUUCCUUUUCCAAUAUCUCUUCGAGAAACUGAGGUUCUCGUGGGACAUCGACGUCGCGAGACAACCAGUACAUCGGAUUUUCCUGGCUCUCUGAGUGCGGGAAUAAUAAUGGCACAGAAUUCAACAAAAUCCGCGGAACAAUUCAAACUUAUACCAAAAAUCAUAAAUGGUGGAAUUGCCGGAAUUAUUGGAGUUUCUGUAGUGUUUCCGCUUGAUUUGGUUAAAACGAGAUUACAGAAUCAAAUCAUCGGUCCACAUGGCGAACGGAUGUAUAAAUCAAUGUUUGACUGUUUUAAAAAGACUUAUAAAGCAGAGGGCUAUUUUGGAAUGUAUAAAGGAUCUGCUGUAAAUAUAUUGUUGAUUACACCCGAGAAAGCCAUCAAACUUACUGCCAAUGAUACAUUUAGACAUUAUCUUUCUCCCGGAACGGGACAAAAAUUGCCCAUAGAACGUGAAAUGCUCGCUGGCGGUUUGGCGGGAGCAUGCCAAAUAAUCGUUACCACCCCGAUGGAACUACUCAAAAUACAAAUGCAAGACGCUGGCAGAGUCGCCAUGGCAGCUAAAGAAGCGGGUAAAGCAGUGCCAAAGGUAUCUGCUUGGUCAUUAACGGUAGACCUACUUAGGAAACGAGGUAUACUUGGAUUGUAUCAGGGAACCGGGGCCACGGCACUCAGGGACGUUACGUUUUCCGUUAUUUAUUUCCCUUUAUUUGCCAGGUUGAACGAUCUCGGUCCGAAGCGAGAAGAUGGUUCAUCUGUAUUCUGGUGUUCAUUCCUUGCCGGAUGUGCAGCCGGUUCAACAGCAGCAUUAAUGGUCAAUCCAUUUGACGUAAUCAAAACUAGAUUGCAAGUUAUUAAAAAAGCACCUGGUGAUCCAACGUACAAUGGAGUAUUAGACUGUAUAAUCAAAACAUUUACAAACGAGGGACCGACGGCGUUCUUCAAAGGUGGUGCUUGCCGAAUGAUCGUCAUAGCACCGUUGUUUGGAAUUGCGCAAACCGUUUAUUAUCUUGGCGUAGCCGAAUGGCUACUGGGAUUGAAAUGAAAUCGCCAUAUCUCGCCGACUCGUGCCGUUCAAAUGUUCUGGAAAACUGACAAUAAUUGCUGUAGAUGUAGUUGUAUUUUGGCUUGAAGAUAUCCGUUCCGCUGCAAAAAGAUAUCAUUGUUAAAUGAAAUCUCGCUUAUAUGUAAAAGAAAGUAAGAGUGUGUAUUAAUUGACAUAAUUCUCGCAGGUCGCGAAUUAUAAUGGAUUCACAGUUGAGAUAUAUAAUCCAAUGUUUCAUGUCCCAUAAAGUGCAUUAAAAUUAUUAAUCAGUUACAAUGAAGUCGUGUGAAGAGUUGUGUAUGUAUGUUCAUACAUUUCACAUUGUGUUCUUACAAUAUAAAAAUAAUUGGAAUUAUAAGUUUCAAUCAUAGUACAUGAUAUUCAAUACUUGAGUCAUUGCAUUUUUCAAUGUAAUAAUGACUUCUCAUCUUCCUCGUGUUUUAUAGAGCAUAUUACAAAAUCCUAUAUAUAAUUCAACAGGUGAUAUACGUAUAUAAUAUACGUACACUGGAAUCUUCGUUGUCAUAUCCACGAGACUAGCCAAUUAUAUAGUCAAUUAUAUAUGUACAUUAAAGACUUUAAGCAGAUUUAUCGUGAUAUUUUUUUAAACAGUUUAAUUUAGAAUGAAAUAAUAGAAUAUUUUGUUGAAGCUCAUAUUCUUGUUACCUAAUUUUCUUAAUUUCUAUCUUAU